GACUUUGGAACCUGAAUAUAGACGGAACUGACUUAGGGUGCGUUUAUCCGCCACUUUUUUACCCUAGAAUCAUGAUCUGAAUCAUGAUUCAAAUCAUGAUUCUGCAGAAUCACGAUUGCGUUUAGUCGAAAUUGAAUAUAAUCAUGAUUAGAAUCACAAACAUGAAACACGAAAAAAGGGGCGUUUGGAAAGACGUUUCUGCAGAAUCACGUACGAAAAUGUUCGAAUAAACGAUAUCGUGAUUACAAUCAUGAUUCUAUGACCUCACUGUUGUGUCGGGCUACUUUCGGUUUGACUCUUGCCAAGCUCAAGGCGCUGUAUGUACACGAAUAUGUAUACGCAUGCAUUUCUUGUCAUGUUCAAGCUCUGUGUUGGUCAUCGCAUCGUCCACUACUUUUCAUUUUUUGGUCAUGUCUUCAACUUCAAGUUCUAGUAAAUGAAUUAACUGGACAGACAAUGAUCUCAGUUGUUGAGUAUACAAUAUCAAUAUUAAAUUGGAUCUACGCUGAAAUUCACUUCCGAACAACAUUUUGGAUAAACUAACAAGAUGAAUAGAAGCAUAUGGACCCUAUAUGAUAGAAGUAAACAAAAUGAGGUAUAGACUGAAUUCUGGAAGCAAAAGAUUUUUCGAGAGCCGAAACACGUGCGAAAAACUUCCUCUGUCAAACUGCGCACUAGCUAGUGAUGCGCACUGGAUUGGCCCGAAUCUGAGGAGAAACAGCAUCGGAAUGAAGGUCGUCUAAACGCUGAUUCUGUGAUAUUGUGAUUCAUGUUUGUGUUUUGAAUCAUGAUUCAAAUCAUGAUUCAAAUCAUGAUUCUGGCUUGAGGUCGCAUAAACGCAGCCUUAGCUGCGCUCUUGGGGAUUCGAGUCACAAUAUUCAAGUCAGGCUGAUCCUUAAACGUAGGCCAUAUAUAAUUGGAGCCCUUUGAGCACUGAACAGAAGGUUGACUAGAAGUUCGCGAACCAGUGGCUCACCCCCACAGCCGCGAAGCCAUGCAGAACGGUAAGGAAGUCGACCCCGCUGUUGACGGGAUACACGUAUCAACCGUCUCCUCCCCGACCUCCUCUGCUACCAACGGAAGGAUGCCAUCCGCUCGUUACGAGGUGGAGGACGAUGCGGAGGAUGCGGCAAGGAAAGAGGCGGAUGAAAUCCUCGCUAAACUCAAGGGUGAUAUCUCGUACGGAAUCGAAGACACACCGGCAUGGUAUACAUCUGUAUUACUCGGCUUUCAGCAUUAUUUGACGAUGAUUGGUUCAACUAUCGCCAUCCCACUCAUCCUCGCGCCGUACCUGUGCAUCAGCGAUGACAACGUCGCCUUGGCCGAGGUCAUCGCAACCAUGUUCUUUGUGUCCGGGGUGGCGACCCUCCUACAAACAUUCAUCGGUAACAGAUUACCUAUCGUACAAGGUGGUACAUUCUCGUUUUUAGCACCCAGUUUUGCCAUUUUAGCUUUGAAAGGUGAAUGCUUAGCUCCACUUCCAGAGAAUUCCACGGAUGUGCCGCCUGAAGUGCUAGCAAACAGGACCGAGUUCUGGAGGGGGAGAAUGAGGGAACUUCAGGGAGACAUCAUGGUUGCUUCGUGCUUUCAGGUUAUCAUCGGUAUCACAGGAGGGAUCGGUUUUUUGCUUAGGUUUCUCGGGCCCCUAGUAAUCGCCCCUACCAUCGCUCUUAUUGGUCUUUCUCUCUUCCCUGCUGCGGCUGGCUUUGCGGGUUCACACUGGGGUAUAGCCUGUUUUACUAUUGGAUUAAUGGUCCUGUUUUCCCAGUACUUGUCACGUGCCUACAUCCCAUUCUGUUCAUUUUCGAGAUCUCAGCAAAAACUUCGACUAGUCAAGAUGUACAUCUUCAGAUUAUUCCCUGUGAUUAUGGCGAUACUUCUUUCAUGGGCUUUCACCUACAUCCUUACAGUGUAUGAUGUGUUUCCAGACAGUCCGACUGUUUAUGGAUACCCGGCGAGAACGGAUAUCCGAACUUCGGUUCUUCAAGAUGCCCCGUGGUUUAGAUUCCCGUAUCCGGGUCAAUGGGGUCUUCCUACUCUCAGUGUCGCCGGAGUUUUCGGCAUGCUGGCAGGCGUUCUUGCGUCAAUGAUCGAGUCUGUAGGUGACUACUACGCAUGCGCAAGACUAGCUGGAGCCCCUCCCCCUCCAACUCACGCGGUAAAUCGAGGUAUAUUCAUCGAAGGCUUUUCGUGUGUGCUCGCCGGAGCUAUCGGGUCGGGGAACGGGACAACAUCGUACAGUGAAAACAUAGGUGCCAUUGGUAUAACAAAGGUCGGAAGUAGGAGAGUAAUUCAAACCGGUGGAGCGAUCAUGAUCCUAAUUGGUUGUCUACCGAAGUUCUCAGCUAUCUUCGUCACCAUUCCUGAUCCUAUUGUAGGAGGGAUGUUCUUCGUUAUGUUUGGCAUGGUGGCAGCGGUGGGCUUAUCAAACCUUCAGUAUGUUGAUCUCAACUCCUCAAGAAAUAUCUUCGUUCUUGGCUUUGCCAUAUUUUCUGGCCUCUGUGUGCCGAGUUGGAUCGAGACAGGAAACAACAGAGAUUACAUUGCUACAGGCAUCCCUGAAAUAGAUCAGAUCCUCAUUGUUCUCCUGAGCACCAGUAUGUUUGUUGGAGGAUUCUUUGGGUUCAUCCUCGACAACACAAUACCAGGAACCGCUGAAGAGAGGGGUAUUGUCAAAUGGCAACGCAUCACCGGAGACGGGGAGUCUGGCGCGUUAAACGAAAGAGUGACCGAACUCGUCAACAAGUGCUACGAGCUCCCGUGGCUGUUGACGCGGAUUGUCAAUAGGGUACCCUGUUUCUUUUAUUUGCCAUUCUGCCCGAACUUCAUUGGUUGCUGUAAACGACGGAAACGAUCUGACCCGGAACAACCAGAAGCCAUAAACUCCAUAUCUACUACAACACCACUGUGAAUCGUCUUCCAACAUGUUGAUGGAUAAAACAAGGUAUUCUUGCUCGUGUCCAACGUAGAGGGCGACUGAUCGCUAAGUAAAAAAAAUGGUCAUCCACCGAUUCGGAAGUUUGCGAAGGAUCUCGUUCACUUAGAGCAGAGCGAGUCGACUACCGUUUGAUAUUUAAACAGGCCCUUCUAUUAACUUUAUGACAACAUAAGUAAACAUAUUUAAACUUAUCUUUAAAAAUAGGCGGAGGGCAAAGACCAAAAUAAUGCCUAUCGCUAUGUGUCCUUUCAUCCUUCAUGAAAACUUUCGUUUUUGCUCUCUAAAUUUGAUGGAAGUCAGUAUUAUUUACUGUAAAUGCAUAGGGUUUUGGUAACUUAUUGGAAGUUUGGUUAUAUAAUUUUUAAAUUAUUGUGGCAUAAUCAUGUUCAGAUUAAGGUCUUCAGAGAAGUAGACAUAACGAUUUUAGAAUCAAUCAUAUUAUGAUCAAGGUUUUUGUAGCUGAAAUUAAUAUGAAAUUGCACUUGCUGGGUAAUGAAGAAAAAGAUUUCUACUCAUUUUGUUUAC